GGACACUAAAGCCAUAAGAAGGGUGAGUACAUGCUGGCAAGCCCAAGAAUCCACCAGUGUUUCCACAAGUGAUGAUAACAGAUGUGAGCUGAGACUUGCCAGGCUCUAAGCUCUGUAUCAGGAAGCUGUAGACUGAACUGUAGUUGUUAGAUUUGGGUAUUACCUAUAUUUUGAGCCUUGAAGAAAGUCAAAUGUAGUGCAUCAGAGCAUGAAUUCUGCAGGUUCACAGACGUGGUUUUGAGUCCUGGCUCUGUUACAGCUGGGUCAUCUCCUAUCUUCUUCGAGUCUCACUAUUAUUGGGAAAAUGGGGACAAUAUUGAUGUUUUAUCAAAGGGUUUUUAUAAAAAUUCACUGAAAGAAUCAAACACUGUGUACUGGGCCACAUGCAUUUAGCUCUAGUUAUUUUUGUUGUUUUUCAUAAAUUAACCCAGUUGGACAAUCUCUGAUUUUUGUUAGAUCCCAAACAGCCCACAUCAUAACCCUCCCACUACUGAACCAGCGUUUGGGAAGAAUUUAUAAAUAUAUAUUAAAAAUGAACAUCUUAUUUGUAAGGUUGGGAUUUGUGAAUUAACUUUAAAAAAAAUCUUGGCAGAGAUACAGGCUACUCCAGAGCAGCAGCAGCUGGUGAAGAAAUGGAGGUGCAAUCCUAUUAUGCCAAGCUCUUGGGGGAGUUGAAUGAACAGCGAAAGAGGGACUUUUUCUGUGACUGUAGCAUCAUUGUGGAAGGGCGGAUCUUCAAGGCCCAUAGGAAUAUUUUGUUUGCCAACAGCGGCUACUUCCGAGCACUACUCAUUCACUAUAUCCAGGACAGCGGGCGGCACAGCACUGCCUCCUUGGACAUUGUCACCUCCGAUGCCUUUUCCAUCAUCUUAGAUUUCCUGUAUUCUGGGAAGUUGGAUUUGUGUGGGGAGAACGUGAUUGAAGUUAUGUCGGCCGCCAGCUACCUGCAGAUGAACGACGUGGUGAACUUCUGCAAGACGUACAUCAGGUCAUCCCUUGAUAUCUGCCGAAAGAUGGAGAAGGAAGCUGCUGUUGCUGCAGCGGUGGCAGCGGCAGCUGCAGCUGCAGCAGCAGCUCAUCAGGUUGAUAAUGGAAGCCCCAGUUCAGGCAGGGAAGGGGCCUCCUGUGAUACUAAGAGCUUGGUCUCCUCUCCAGCUGAGGAAGAAGAGAGUGUGGACUGUCCAAGAGAGUCCCCUUGCGGUGACUGCAGAGGCUGCCACCCUCCGGAACUGGUGGUGAAAGACAGCCAGGGCAGUGGCUCAGCUGACAGUGACCUCUCCACUCUGCCCAAACAGAUAGAGCCUAAGGUGGAGUUUGAUGCCGACGAAGUGGAAGUGGAGGUUGGUGAGCAGCUACAGCAGUGUGCUGCCCCACUGAGCCUGCCCCACAUUGAGGAGGGUUUGCCCAGUGGCCAGCCUGUGGACUUGGCUUACAGUAACUACCACGUGAAGCAAUUCUUGGAGGCCCUCCUGCGCAACAGUGCUGUCCAGAGCAAAGAUGAUACGGAUCAUCACUUUUCUCGGAGUUUGGAAGGAAGACCAGAUGGUGUAGGAGGAGCCAUGAGUGCCAUGAGUUCCAUGAUGGAUGUCCAGAACGACUGGUAUGGUGAGGACUCAGGUGAUGUGCUGGUGGUCCCCAUCAAGCUCCACAGGUGUCCUUUCUGCCCUUACACUGCCAAACAGAAGGGCAUCCUUAAGCGACACAUCCGCUCACACACAGGUGAGCGGCCCUACCCCUGUGAGACCUGUGGCAAGAGGUUCACUCGACAGGAGCACCUGCGGAGCCACGCCCUGAGCGUGCACAGAUCCAACCGUCCAAUCAUCUGCAAGGGCUGCAGGAGAACCUUCACAAGCCACCUGUCGCAGGGGCUGAGGCGCUUCGGGCUGUGCGACAGCUGCACCUGCGUUUCAGACACACACGACGACGAGUACGAUCUGAUGCCCAUCAACCUUAGCUUGGUGGAGGCUUCCUCCGAAAGCCAAGAGAAGAGUGACACAGACAAUGACUGGCCGAUCUAUGUGGAGUCUGGUGAGGAAAACGACCCUGCUGGAGACGACUCUGACGACAGACCACAAAUUCAGCCCAGCCUCAUGGAUCGAGAGACACUCAUGUAGCAGUAAAUUGGUGGGAAGAGAUUUUAGAAUUUGUUAUUGCUCAUUCUGUGGUUGAAAGACACCGUUUGUCCAAUUUUGUGGAACCCUGAGAGGAACGUUUUUUUCACUGUUAAUAUAUUUGCAUUUUUGUUAGAUCAUCUUGUAGAGGUUGGGUUUUGUGACUCAAAGAACUAAUGACUUUUCAGUUUGGUGCCCUUGGUUUCUGAGAGCUUUGCUGACCUUCCCUUCAUUCCGAGUGGAUCCAGGCUGGCCCUCAGGGUUCCCAGUUUUCCUGUUGUGCACCCAAACUCUGAUUAGAAGGAUAAGAAAACCCCCAUGCUUGUUUUCAUAGUGUCUUUCUCUGCAUUUCUUUGUGGCCAUCCUCUUUUCUCUGAAAAGGUAGGCAAGAAUAUAUUAAGUUUUGAGAUUAAUCUUACCUCUGCCAAGCCUCUCCUAAUGAAUCCCAUAUCCUAAUUUUCUGAAAUAUUUAAGAGAAAGCUUUACUGAUACAAGGUAGGCAGGGCUGCCUUAUACAUGAUUGUAAACGGUACUUUCGAAAUCUAAGACUGCAAUUUUAAGAGCUGGGGUGUUUAUGUGCAGACAGACAUGGAAAUGAGCUCAGAGCCUUCUCAUGGCACUUGGACUCACCCAGUUGAAUUAAAUUUUAAGUUAGCCCUGGGAAGGGACCCUGUGAUCCCAGGUCAGGAUGGUUUCCCUGCUUAAUUUGGUAUUUGAUGAUUCUAUACACACAGUCUGUUUUGUGAUCAUGAAACAAGUCAUUUGGGCAAAACUAAAAAUUCUCCCCUGCUUUUUCAAGCCAUUUCCAAAGACCACACUGCUAUGUAACUUGGAAAUGUAGCUACCACUGACAUUCCUUUACUUAGUUUAUGAAUGGAACUUUAACUGGAAGGAAAAUGUAAGCCUAUAUAAACAAGUUCUAUUUCUAAAUUGCUUACCUUUUGAAAGAUUCCCCUGGAAGGAAAGAAGUUUCGUAGAAAAACAGGUUUUUACAACCAGUCUGCUUUUCACCCACUUAGCAGCCAUACAGUUAUUCUAACAAAAGGCUGUACUUAUUUCAAGGGCUAAAGAGCAGGAAAUAUUAGGGAUUUAAAAUAUUUAAGGCACUUUUAUAAUUUUGUCUUAUGUUAAGGUAUCCAAAAUGGAUUUUAAAAGAAUAAAACAAAGUAUGCAGACAAAACACAGUUUCCUUUGAAAUUUGAAAAAAAAAUUAAAAAUCUCUUUUUCUUGACACCUUUAAUUUUAGUAUAGUUCUGUUUCAAAAGGUGGUAAAAUCACUUUUUUCCUGCCUCUUGAACAAAAAAGAUCAUCAAAACAUCGUAAAUGCUAGUCAUUGAGGAAUUCAAAGGUAUUUAAACUUAUGUACUCAGUAGAAGUUAAAUUCUAGCUAGUGCUGCUCAAACUGUGGCCCACACAUAGGUGCUGGUCUAUGAGUUGUUUGAUACCAGCCCACACAGUAGGACCACAUACUGGUCUGUGGUAGAUUGGAAAUUUAAAAGCUGGUCUUUUACCACAGAUAGUUUGAAAAUUAUUGUUCUAGAUCAAGAGUUACAAAUGGCAACUUAUUAAGAACCAGAAACAUUUUUCUUAACCUGAAAUGAAAAUAUUAGCUGUUGUUUUAUAAGAGGGAUCUCAGCAAAAGGCAAACCUAAAUGGAUGUGUAGAAGCUCUACUUUGCAAGGAGUUAUGUUUGAUGUUUUUGCUCUCUCUGUUUAAAGUAUUUUUGAUAUUUUAAUAUGACUUUUCUACCUCACAGUAUAACUUCUCUACCUACUUUUCUCUGGUAGAGCAAGGAGCCUCUUCAGUGACCCCAUGACCUAUUCAUAUCACUGGGUGUAAGGUAAAAAAUUUCACAUUAGAGAUUUCAUUGUAAGACAGUCAUUCUCACCUGGGGGUGAUUUUACCUCUCCAGGGAAGAUUUAGCAAUGUAUGGAGACAUUCUUAAUUGUUACAACGGGGUCAGGGUGCUGCUAGCAUCUAGUGGAUAGAGGAAAGGAUGCUGUUAACAUCCUACAAUUCAUAGGAUGGUCUCUUACAGUAAAGAAUUAUCUAGUCCAAAAUGUUAGGAGUUCAAGGUUGUGAAACCCUGCUAAAAAGUAAGAUUUUUUAAAAAUGACUUUGAAUGAGUGAACUUAAUUUUGUGUUAUAUUUUAGGCUACCUUUUACCUUCUUAUAUUAAUAGACACUGGCCUGGCCCAUGUGGUUCGGUUGAUUGGAGCGUCAUCCUGUACACCAAAAGGUCACCUUUUCAAUUGCCCAUUAGGGCACAUACCCAGGUUGCAUGUUCGACCCCCUGUUGGGGUGCGUAUGAGAGGCAACCAAUUUAUGUCACAUCAAGGUUUUUCUCUCCCUUUCUCUCUCUAAAAUCAAAAAAUGAAUCCUCAGGUGAGGAUUACAAAAGGAUAAUAAAAAAAAUUAAUAGGUCCUUAUGCUCCCACAAGUUUUGGAAAAUAGUGGGUCAGUAAAAUGGGGAGUGGAGGCCAAAUUAUUCACAACUUGCCCAAGAUCUGAUUGGGUCUAUGAUGCAGAAACUUAGAAAUUCUGACUCUGAUUCAUACCCCCAGAACCACUUUAGGCUUUGAUCAUUUUAUUAAAUGUUAAAGUAGAGAAUCAUUGGAAGGAAAAUGGAGCAUGAAGCUUAAUAUUUAAAUAAUUCUCUUUUUUCCGUAAUGUUUCAGAUUGUUGCAUUCCUGGUUGGCUGUUUAGAGUUUGUGUGUUGGCAUUCGUAAUAACUGAAUCGCUGAAUUCUAUCACUUUUAAAGGAUAUCUUUGUCUGGACUCUCAGAUCAUAAACUGUUCUGUUUUAAAUUUA